AAGAUGUUUUCCAGUUCCCAAGAAAAGCGAUCCUCCUUUGCUCUUGCUUCUCGCUCUUCCACCAAUUACCCCCACUCUCUCUCUCUCUACAAAUGUAAACAUGCACUGUUGUGUGUAUUUUUUGAUCUCGAAUAUUGUGGAAUAUUGAACAUUGGAGAUGGCUCUUGAUCUGGAAUCUCUAUCAGAGGCAACUUCAGGGGCCAUAGGAUCCCUAUUGAGCACUACCAUCUUGUACCCACUUGACACUUGUAAGACCAAGUACCAAGCCGAGGUUCGGGCCCAUGGCCAGCAAAAAUACAGGAACCUUUUGGAUGUCUUAAGGGAAGCAAUAUCUACCCAUCAGGUUCUUUCACUGUACCAGGGCCUAGGUACAAAAAACCUGCAAUCCUUCAUUGCACAGUUUGUCUACUUUUAUGGGUACAGCUACGUCAAAAGACUAUAUCUGGUAAGGAGUGGUGCCAAAAGAAUUGGAACGACAGCAAACUUGGUUCUUGCUGCUGCAGCUGGAGCUUGUACUGCCAUUGUAACGCAGCCCCUGGAUACAGCUUCCUCUAGGAUGCAGACAAGCGCCUUUGGUAAAUCCAAAGGGCUUUGGAAGACCCUUGCGGAGGGCACUUGGAGUGAUGCAUUUGAUGGCCUUGGCAUCUCUCUUCUGCUGACCUCAAACCCUGCAAUUCAGUAUACAGUAUUCGAUCAGUUGAAACAAAGACUCUUGAAGGGAAAACACAAUAUAGCCAGGAAUGAUUCGUCCCAAGAAACCCUUUCUGCCUUCUCGGCCUUUUUGGUAGGUGCAAUUUCAAAGAGUAUUGCGACAUUUCUGACAUACCCCGCAAUAAGGUGUAAGGUCAUGAUCCAAGCUGUGGACUCAAAUGAUGAUGGAACUAAGACAGCUCAGCAAAAAUCCAGAAAAACAGUUCCUGGAGUUAUCUACGCUAUAUGGAAAAGUGAAGGAGUACCUGGCUUUUUCAAGGGUUUGCAUGCUCAGAUCUUGAAGACUGUUCUGAGCUCAGCAGUACUUUUGAUGAUUAAGGAGAAAAUCUCUGCAACUACUUGGGUUCUUAUACUUGCAACCAGAAGGUAUCUAUUGCUCACAAGGGGGAGACAAAAAAGUACUUAGAUGGUAAUAUAUGGAUGGGAAUUCACAUAAUAUCAGAUGUAAAGAGUGAGUUUUUAUGAAGUUUUGUUGGAACAAUUGUACUUUAAAGAGGUGGGUUUAAUUUCCCAGGUAGAAACUUCUCUUUUACUAAUCAUUUUUUUAUUUUGGAAAAAGUGGGGCUCUUCUAAGUUAGAGAGCAAUUACGUAUGCAUCAGAAAUGAAAGAUGCCAAUCCUCUACGGAGCCGUAUUUUAAGUGAUAGAAAUAAUGCAGUGCGGGAAUAUUUUUCUGCAUGUACUGAUUCAAAAAAAUGUUCUGAAUGUUUACAUUUACGAGUAUUUUCGGGUA